GGUUCUUUAACUUGUCUUUACGUAAUCAGUCUUUUGCCAACCCUAACAAUUUCCCCAAUCGGCCAAUCUUUCUCUGCUCAUCUACAGAGAGUCAUCCUUCGUUUGGGAUUCGGAUUAGGGUUUCCCAAUCGCCACUUUCUCACUCAUCUUGCAGCCAUGGAUGCUCAGAGAGCUCUUCUUGACGAACUCAUGGGUUCAGCUCGCAACUUGACGGAGGAAGAGAGGAAAGGAUACAAAGAAGUGACGUGGGACGAUAAGGAAGUGUGUGGAUUCUACAUGGUGCGGUUUUGCCCUCACGAUCUCUUUGUCAACACUCGCAGCGAUCUUGGACCUUGCCCAAGAAUACAUGAUCCGAAGUUGAAAGAAAGCUUUGAGAAUUCCCCAAGACAUGAUGCAUUCGUACCCAAAUUUGAAGCUGACCUUGCUCAGUUCUGUGAGAAAUUGGUAAUGGACUUGGAUAGAAGAGUAAGACGUGGGCGAGAACGUCUUGCUCAAGAGGUGGAGCCAGCACCAGCGCCUCCAUUGACAACUGAAAAGUCUGAACAGCUAUCCGUGCUGGAGGAGAAGAUAAAGAAUCUUCUGGAACAAGUUGAAUCUUUAGGUGAAGCUGGGAAGGUUGAUGAAGCUGAAGCUCUUAUGAGGAAGGUGGAUGCACUCAAUGUUGAGAAAACGGCAUUAACACAGCCUCAAAAUGAUAAGGUGUUGAUGCUUGGUCAGGAGAAGAAGAUGGCACUAUGUGAGAUAUGUGGUUCUUUUCUUGUGGCAAAUGAUGCUGCAGAAAGGACUCAGUCCCAUAUUACUGGGAAGCAACAUGUUGGUUAUGGCAUGGUUCGCGAUUUCAUAUCCGAAUACAAGGCUGCCAAAGAGAAGGCUGUUGAAGAAGAAAGAUUAGCCCGGGAAAAAGAGGCAGAAGAGCGAAGGAAACAGAGGGAGAAGGAUCAUGAGAGAAGACGACGAAGUGAUUCAAGUGAUAGGGACAGGCAUCGGGAUAAAGAUCGAGAUAGGGACAGGGAUAGGUACAGAGAUAGAGACCUAGAUCGUGAAAGGUCUCGGGAGCUGGAUGGUAGAGGUAAUCGAGAUGGGGGAAGGGGCAUGGAUUCUAGGUUGAGGAAUGGAAGAAAUGGAGGCAGAGACAGGUACCACAACAAAAGCAGGUCACGCUCCCCCGUUAGGCACAACUACAGGCGGCACUCCUGAAAUCUGGUUUCUCAAAUUUGGGGAAUUUCUUGAUAGAUGUCGGAAUUUGAAUUAAAAAGAGGUAGAUCUUAAUAUCCCAAGACUUAGAUAAAUAUGUGUUUUGGAGUCCUGAGUUUUCUCAUCAUCAAGGGUGAAUUUAUUUUGUUUCUUAUGUCAGAGCUUUGUUGAGACUAUACAAUCUCCCUUCCAUCAAUAUUAUUUAUGGAGAAAAAAGGGUUGAGGUAGGUAUUUUACUGUUGUAAUUUUUUCCUCUUGCAUGACUGAUCUCUGAAAGUGUAGUCCAGUCUUUCUUUACUCGCAUUUUCUAGAAGUCAUUUGAUCGGUUUAAGAUGUCAGACACAAAAUUACAUGCAUGGUUGUCAUUGCUGCUGAGGGGGAUGGUUUUCUCAUGUUUUGAGGUAACCUGUGAAUCUUAUAUCCUGAGAAAAAUAUGAUAUUUGUUCAUAGUAGAAAUCAUGUUUGGUUUCCCGUAAUCCUUUUGUUUCAUUACUUUGCUUCUUAAGUUGAUAUAAACCAGCACAGGGUUUAAAAAUGCUGCUUGUUGACAUGCAUUUGACAUUGAGCUACAUACCAAAGGCACCAGUUUAGAAGAUAUGGGUAACAUACCGAAUCUGUUGUUAGUAAUCUCCCAAAUCCAUGGUGUCCUAUUUAUAAUAUAUCUGUCAUGAUAACAUAAAUUAACUCUAUAUUCCCUAAACCCCUGGUAUCAUUGUAGAUGAGUUUCCUAUUGCUGGAGGUGCUGAAUAGGUAGGCUAUGUUGAUAGAGUUGAAGCAAAAGCUGAUUUUUUGCUAAACUUGGUUUGAUUUAGCCAAAUUGGCCUUUAAGAGGAAAAACAAUAUCAAAACUAAUUGUGAAAGUUAAAGAUUUUUCUUUUGGGUGUUAACUCAUUUUAAAGCACUCUAAUUUCAAAUCUUAUUUCACAAUGUAAUUUUACUUUUAGUACAUGUUAAUUAAGUAAAUUAUUGGGGAAAAAAAAUAUUUUUAAAGUUGAAUUAUUAUAUAUAUAUAUAUAUAAAAAGAAAAUAUGCAAUAGUUCAAAUUGAUAACCUUCACUAUGCUGAGCCUAUAAUGGUCCAAGCUUGGCCUAUGGAGAAAAUAUAAGUUUUUGGUACACCAUAAGUAGUUGAUCCUAAUGAUUUACCAUAAGAUGCAAUGACUUAUCCUGUAUCCAAUUUGACUUAAUAGGAAAAUCUAUGUUGUUGUAGUUGUACAAUUAAGAAGCUAUUUUGACGAAUUUGGAUCUGGUAUGGAAUCCAUUAGGUUGUUGGAUCUGGCAUAGAAUCAAUUAGGUUGUUAGACUACAACCUUGUUAGAAAUAAUGCUUCUGUUGAAGAUUUGCCGGGGAGCCGCUUCAGUUGAAGAUUCGUAGAACCGGAAACACAUGAUUUUUUUUGUUUUAAUUUUUGGAUUUUCUAUGUAGCCAUUUGCAUGGAAAACUAUCAAUGAGAUGGGAUUGGGAUGUAUGAUGCCUCUUGUUGGAAGAACGGGAGCAAGUCGAAAAUAAGGCUUAUCUGGAGAAUAAUCUGAAUAUAAUGUCCAAAUUUGUUGUUACUUUGGUACAUUCUUCAGUCUUGAAUAAUUGUAAUAUUCAAGCUAAUAAAACUGGCAUUUUG